GAUAAGCAAAAGAAAAAUAAGGCUUUCUCAUCCUGUAGUCCCAUCAACCGGAAGUGCGAUCAACAUGUACAACACAGACACAAAACACCAAGCUAAAUGCCUUGCCUUUCCUCGUCAUCACACAAAUUCUCUCAUUUAACCAAAUUUUUGGGAUGAUACGUGGAUAGCACGUGGUCUCGCCGUGGCAGGAGAGAGCGCGCUCUGUCCCUCUCCCUGCAGAGCACUCCCUCUCUCUCUUCCCAAACGCGAGGAGCACAUAUUUCCUCUCUCCUCCACUGUAUUCGGUUCAAGCCCUAAAAUUCUUGUUUCUCUCUCCUCAACUCUCUCGAGUGAGUUCCCCCAGUAUUUGUUUUUCUCGCCUCCAAUCCUCGAAUCCUUCGCCUUCACUUGCUAUAUAUGGUUAAUUUUAGAGAGAGAGAGAGAGAGAGAGAGCUACUAAGUGAAAGCAGAGAUGCCUGGGAUUAGAGGACCCUCUGAUUACUCCCAAGAACCGCCUCGUCACCCUUCGCUUAAAAUCAAUUCGAAGGAACCCUUCAAUUCUGAACCUCCUCGUUCAGCUUUGGUUUCCUCUUAUGUGACUCCUGUGGAUAUGUUCUACAAAAGAAAUCAUGGGCCAAUUCCAAUUGUGGAUGACAUUGAGAGUUAUCGGGUUUCCAUUACUGGUUUGUUACCAAAAUCUAUAAUGCUAUCCAUGGAUGAUAUCAAGAAACUUCCCAAAUACAAUGUGACAGCCACGUUACAAUGUGCUGGGAAUAGGAGGACUGCAAUGAGCAAGAAGAGAACAGUGAAAGGUGUUGGUUGGGAUGUUUCUGCCAUUGGAAACGCUAUUUGGGGGGGAGCUAAAUUAGCAGAUGUUAUUGAACUUGCUGGAAUUUGUAAGAAUACAACAUCCACAUCAUUAGGAGGCAAGCAUGUGGAAUUUGUCAGUGUUGAUAUGUGUAAAGAAGAGAAUGGAGGUCCGUACAAAGCAUCAAUUCCUCUACGCCAUGCGACAAAUCCUGAAGCGGAUGUUCUACUUGCUUAUGAAAUGAAUGGAGAGAUUCUCAAUCGUGACCAUGGUUAUCCGCUGCGUGGGAUUGUUCCCGGCAUCAUUGGUGCACGUUCUGUUAAGUGGUUGGAUAGCAUCAAUAUAAUUGCAGAAGAAUGCCAGGGAUUCUUUAUGCAAAGGGAUUACAAGAUGUUCCCACCUUCAGUUGAUUGGGAUAAUAUCAUUUGGUCUACCCGACGCCCACAGAUGGAUUUUCCUGUACAGUGUGCUAUUUGUUCAUUGGAGGAUGAGGCCAUUGCAUCACAAGAUAAGAUAAAAAUAAGUGGGUAUGCAGCCUCUGGAGGAGGGCGUGGCAUAGAGAGAGUGGACAUAUCCGUUGACGGUGGAAAAACAUGGUUGGAAGCUUCAAGGCAUCAGAAAAGAGAUGCACCUUAUAUUGCAGAUGACAUCAACAGUGACAAGUGGGCAUGGGUCCUCUUUGAGGCACAGGUUGAUGUCCCAAAAAAUGCUGAGAUAAUAGCCAAAGCGGUUGACACUGCAGCUAAUGUUCAGCCAGAAACUGUGGAGGAAAUCUGGAACUUGAGAGGAAUCCUUAACACCUCAUGGCACCGUGUUCAUCUUCGCCAUAUGUUACAGUCUGGGCAUUCUAGUUUGUGAAUCCAAAAGUGAAACUGGGGCGGUAUGAGAGAAAGGAAACUUGAAUACUUAAAAAGUAUCUGGAACGGCAGUAGGUUAUUUACAUAGUGAUCAGCUUUUCAUUAGAUAUGUAUCUCAAAUCAAGAAUAAAUGGACAGAGUUCUCUGUCUAGAGAAGUUGUUCAUCAAGAUUACCUUCUUGUUGAUUACAUUGUUUUCAUUAUUUUGGUUUGUAAUCAAUGUGGAAAAUGCAUAAUUUCCGCUGGUUUGGGAAUUAGACCGGUUAUGAGGACUUUGCUUCUUGAGAUGGCAAUGAAGACCCAUAAGCAUGUAGUGCACAUGUAAUUGGCAAUUCAAUUACAUUGAUAAAACUCGGCAUAG